ACAGCUGCUGGAAGAUUGGUGGCUUCUCAAGGAGUUCUUGAGGUACAUAUGUUGAAAUGCAAACACCAAUACAACAACUAUUUUUCCCUUGGAAUUUGUUUGAUGCUAAAUGAUUCUCUUCUUGUCCAGGCUAUUUGGCCUUACAGUGGUCAUUAUCUCCCAACUGAAGACAAUUUCAAGGAAGUCAUUAUUUUCCUUGAGGAACACAAUGUGCAUUUGAGCAACGUUAAGGUAAUGAUGCAUUCUGGUUCAUUAAACUUUCUUUUCUCCAGUUUGGCAAGUGAUUAGCUAAAAUAGUCGUUAGACUUUAAUUAAGCCUCAUAGCUAGCAACCAAAACUGAUUCCUCUUUGGAGAAUAGUGCAGAGAUGUGCAAUAGACGAUGACUACACCUCAUACAAAGUUGCUGGUGAUGAAUCCAAGCAUGUGGAGAGAUCCAACGGCAAGAACAAAAUCAUCAGAUUCAAAGGCUGUGGAUGUUGAUGGGCCCGCAAAUGGUGCAUGCACGAUAAUUGAAAGUCUACAAAGUAGCAUGGGCACCAGUGCAGCCAAUGUGGAAGCACCAGCAUUCAACAUGGCCAAGCGUUUGUCUUGCAAGUGGACAAGUGGGGUUGGUCCUCGCAUUGGGUGUGUCAGAGACUACCCAACAGAACUGCAAUCCCAGGCUCUGGAACAAUUUAACCUAUCUCCCAGAGUCACGCCUGGUCGCUUCGGAAACUCCGGUCCAAUACCUUCACCGAGACCAAGCCCCAAAAUCCGAGUCUCACCCAGGCUUGCAUACAUGGGACUCCCCAGCCCAAGGGUGUCAAUGGCUGCUAAUAAAACUUUUUGAGUAUUCACCAAAUGAUAAAUGACCAAGGUUGAGCACUUCUUGCGCCCAGGCUUUUGU